GCAUUAAUGUAGACCCACCACCAGACCAGGUGUGGACCAAAUACCUGAAAAAUUUUUGUUUGAGAAGAUACCUGAAAGAUUUUUUGGUUAGCAACUAGCUCCAGAAAGUGAUUGGUUUUUGUUGCUUCACAUACAUCCUUCAAAAUAAAAAUCUUACUUGUCUAGACUUUAGUUCAAGAAAACACCCAAAACAAACAUACAAACAGAGAGACAAAAAGUAUGGCCACCAGUAAGCAACAGGAUGAUAUAGAGCAAAGCGAGAACAGGGUAAAUGAAGAUCACAUAAGAGCACCUCUCAUCACUCAAACAAAUACAAGAGUAACAGAAGCAAAGAGACAAGACAGGUGCAUGGUUUACCUCAGCACAUUCAUCGCUGUCUGUGGUUCAUUUACAUUCGGAUCUUGUGCUGGCUAUUCAUCACCGACACAGUCCGCAAUCAGGGAAGAUCUUAAUUUUUCUAUAGCAGAGUUCUCGCUCUUUGGUUCAAUAUUGACAUUUGGAGCAAUGAUUGGGGCAAUCACAAGUGGUCCAAUUGCUGAUUAUAUUGGUCGCAAAGGGGCAAUGAGAAUGUCCAGUGCUUUCUGUGUUGCUGGGUGGUUAGCCAUUUACUAUGCUCAGGGAGCUCUUUCUCUGGACAUUGGAAGAUUGGCAACAGGAUAUGGAAUGGGAGUUUUCUCUUACGUGGUGCCUGUAUUUAUAGCUGAAAUUUCAACUACAGACUUACGAGGAGCUUUGACAUCAAUACACCAGCUGAUGAUAUCUGCUGGAGUCUCAGUUUCCUUCAUCAUAGGAACUAUGCUAACAUGGAGGGCUUUGGCAUUAGCAGGAUUAGUACCAUGUGCUAUUCUCCUUUUCGGUCUCUUCAUUAUUCCAGAGUCUCCUAGGUGGUUGGCAAAAAUAGGACAUCAAAAGGAGUUUGAAAUUGCACUGCGCAGACUUCGAGGCAAAGAUGCUGACAUAUCUGAGGAGGCAGCUGAAAUCCAGGAUUAUAUGAAAACCCUUGAAAAGCUUCCAAAAGCCAACUUGUUUGAUUUGUUUCAAAGAAGAUACUUGCGUUCAGUCAUAGUGGGAGUUGGCCUUAUGGUGUUUAAAGAAUUUGGUGGACUCAGUGGAAUCAUUUUCUACACUAGUAGCAUAUUUGAAUCCUCAGGGUUCCCUUCUGAGAUUGGAACUAUAAUAUUUUCAAUUAUGAAGGUUUGCAUCACGGCACUGGGUACAACCUUAAUUGACAGAGUUGGAAGAAAACCUCUUUUAUUGGUUUCUGCAACAGGAGUUGUCAUAGGCUGUAUACUAACAGGAACCUCAUUCUAUUUGAAGGGACAUGAAAUUGCAAUAAAGGAAGCACCAAUACUUGUCGUAAUAGGCAUACUGGUCUAUAUCGGGUCCUUUUCAGUAGGAAUGGGAAUAAUUCCCUGGGUUAUGAUGUCGGAGAUAUAUCCUAUCAAUGUUAAAGGGGCUGCUGGGAGCCUUACAACGGUAGUGAAAUGGUUUGGAGCAUGGGUGUGCUCCUACACUUUCAACUUCCUCAUGACCUGGAGCUCUUUUGGUACCUUCAUUCUCUAUGCAGCAGUCAAUGCACUCUGCAUUUUGUUUGUGAUCAAGAUAGUACCUGAAACCAAAGGAAGAACUUUGGAACAAAUCCAAGCUGCUAUUAAUACAUCAUAAAAUACCUCAGCAGCUUGGGAUACAUUCUCAUACUCAUCUUGGGAUUCUCCAAAGAUCUAAAACAAUGAACUGUUGGUUGCACUGAGGACCACAUUCUCCAUUCGUUUUAGGUUUAAAUUUGUAACAGGUGGAAAUGAUUAGUAACUUUCUAUUUUGUCCUCAGUGAAGAGUGGGAAGAGUACCAUUCAGUAAGUCAAUAAGAGCCUCGUCAAGAUGUGGGAUCAUAUUUUUUGCAUUUGUACUCAUUGAUUUAUCUUUCAGAACUAGCAUUGUGCUUGGUUUUUUCAUUAAUUGAUCAUUUGAUAUGCAGACUAAA